CAGCGUACAGCUGCAAUUCAUGGGACACACGAUAGCGAAUUUCGGCCCCGAGAAUAGGGUACUGCAACAAUGUAUCCACGAAAAAGUUGAAAACGCAACUCUGUCAGCGAUUGGCGACAUGAUCGAAAAGACCGAUGGCAAAGCUUUUGAGGGACUCGACCCAGAAACGACCAAUUUCGACACCUUUAAGAACACAAUGCUAAGCAGAGAGCCUAAACUGGGCCCUUACAUGCAACUCUUUCUUCAGAGCGGCCUAGGCCGUUGCCUCCUCAGCCUCCAGUAGCCUAGCUAGCAGCGC